AUGAAGAGCCAAAGAAGAAUCAGUCAGAAGAAGAAGGUUAGAAGGGAAAUACACAAGGCAAAGAAGAAGAGAAGUCCAAUGAAGAAAAGGUUACUGAAGACCUUAGCAAGGAAGAAGAGGCUUUGCAAGCAUAAUCUGGAUAAGCAGUUUGCAAAGUUUUUAGAGGUGUUCAAGAAGCUACAUAUUAAUAUACAGUUUGCAGAAGCAUUAGAACAGAUGCCCAGCUAUGUGAAGUUCAUGAAGGAGAUUUUGUCUAACAAGAGAAAGAUGGGUGAUUAUGAAACAACAGCGUUAAUAGAAGAGUUGGAUGUGGUAGAAGAGGUAGUAGGGAGAAGAAAGUUAAUUGAAGAUCCUCUUGGAAUCAGUCUUACAGUUGAUAAUGUAGAUGGUGAGCAUAGUGAAGAGGCGUUGAGUUAUUUAAAGUGGAUACAAUCAUAUGAGCCGUGGAGGCAUAAAAAGUUUGAAGAACUGGGCGAGGGAUCGGAAAGACCAUUACCAUCGAUUUUGAAGCCACCUGUGUUAGAACUAAAGGCUUUACCGAAACAUCUACGCUAUGCUUAUCUUGGAGAGAAAGAGACUCUUGUGUUCAUAGUUUCAUCAUUUCUUUCAGAAGUAGAGGAGGAGAGGUUGUUGAGGGUGUUAAGGGCCCAUAAAAUUUCUAUAUGGUGGACUCUUGCUGAUAUAAGAGGAAUAAGCCCAUUGACAGUUAUGCAUAGAAUUCUUAUGGAAGAUGAUGCUAGACCGACUAUUGAUGCUCAACGAAGACUUAGUCUGACAAUGAAAGAAGUGGUGAGGAAAGAGAUCUUGAAAUGGUUAGAUGGUGGAGUGAUUUACCCUAUUUCUAAUAGUGCUUGGGUAAGUCCAGUACAAGUAGUACCUAAAAAGGGUGGCAUGACCGUGGUGAAGAAUGAGAGUAAUGAAUUGAUUUCAACAAGGAUUGUGACAGGUUGGAGGAUAUGUAUAGAUUACCAAAAGUUGAAUAAGGCAACUAGGAAAGAUCAUGAGUACAAUCUGAUGGGUUGGCGGGGCAUAACUUCUAUUUUUUUCUAG